AUGCCACGUACCAAGAAAGCAGCGCAGCGGGGCAACCACCACGGUAGAUCUCGCGGUGGUCAAUUUAAUGGCACAGAAUCGCCCAGGAGAGGACAUGGUGGGUUCACAUUGCAGGAGGAAGCUCGCAAUACGGAGCGGCACCAAUCUUUCUGGGAUACGGAUCGACGAUUGAGGGACACAAGGGUGAACUUUGUCAGUGCCGGGACUCUUGAGUCAACGAAACCAAAGGACACAGAAACUGCUCUUGCGGAAAUGACCCUGGAUUCCGAUACUACCCCCGAUAAUACGGACGAGGCCCAGACAGACGUCCAUUUCUCGGCAUCUUCAGCUGAUGCUCAAAAAGCGUCAGAUUCUAGGAUUGAUCAAGCUGAUAUCCAAUGCUCUACUGAGAAUAGGACAUUCUCCGACUUCGUCGUUGACACUGAAGGCGGCGAACCUAUUCACACUGACAUUCCUCCCCCUCGCCUACGAUCCGUCUCUCCAACCCCGUCUAAUUCCAGCGAGGAGGUGAUUUUGUUUCGUGGACGAGAUCAGCACGGGAGAGGUCUUUCCAAGGCACCCCAAGCCACGAGAUCGACAAGCACCAUAGACGCGAAGAUCAGGAUCGUUGAAGAUAGGAUUCACGAGAGAGAGGAGCUGCUACAGGAAGUGCUUCGCCACAAAGAGUCUUCCAUCCCGCCAGAGGUCUUAGCUGAAGCAUCGUCGGCUGAAAUGGAUGGUCAGCGCUACAAGCAACGAGGCCAUCCCAAUCGACAGAACCGUGGCGCAUCUAAGAAACAGACCGAUGAGGACGCAAUUCUUGCUGAUUACAUCGCGAAUAUGGAUAAUCAGGAUGAUGGAAUACUCGGAUCUUUUAAUCAACAUGAAUUGGGUGGCUCAGCAGACGACACUUGGCGAGAAACCGGAGAUUCUUCUGGAGAUGCCCUGGCAACGACCAAACAGCCACAACAAGCUGGUUGGGAGCGCUCUGACAUUUGUGAUUUCGAUGAUUUGAGCACCUCGGAUGGAGUAAUGGGAGAUGUGCUGGCCAUACUAUCCAAAAGAGAUCGACAGACAGGCGUACAGUAUCUCGUUGUGUGGGAAGAUCAAACAGUUGAUGACGCCAGAUGGAUUCCUGUCAAUACAUUGACCAGUCUCUCCGCCUUAUCACACAUCGAGAAGUUUGAGGCCGAGGAGAAACUUGUGGCUGAGUUUGAGGAUAAUGGUGACGAUGACACAAGUGAUUCUGAUGACGAAGGUGUCGAUGGUGUCGCUGAUGAGGACGAGGACGAGGACGAGGAGGCUGAUUUGGUCAAGAAGAAGAUUGAGCUCAUGAGCGAUGAGCGAAUUGCAAGACUCUUGGCCAAGCAAGAGGAGCUCGGAAUGGGUUCUGUAGAGCUCAUGUUAUUUGACGAAGAGGCUGAUGGAGAGGAGGGAGACGACUCGGAGUUCCCCAGAACUUCCUUCACACCUAUAAUGCUUCCGUCCAAGAGGAGACAACCAAGGGGUGUAGGGUCUCAGCGGGCACGAGGCGAUUUCCCUCCUGCGAGUCUGUUAGCCGAUGCCUAUGACGGAUUUGAUGUGAUGGAUUUUGACCGACCAAGUCUGAAGAAGAAGCCCAAGGGUCGUAGAGGAAAGCUCGAGUUUGAUCUCUCAGACUCGGAACUUGAAGCGUCAAUGCAAAUGGCUUGGGACAACGACCGAAUCAAGAAGAAAGAAAGAAAGCAAGAACGGGAGGAACUGCGAGCACAAGGUCUACUUGGAAGCAAGAAUGGCAAGCCCGACUUGAAGCAGAAGUACAAGGAGGGAAUGGGAAUUCAUGUCGUCAAGGAGGAGAUCAAGAAGUUCUUAAUGGGCAACGAUACCACGCUCUCGUUACCUCCCAUGGACAAAGCAGACCGCAAGGUUGUUCACGAGCUUGCAAAUGCUUUCCACAUGAAAUCAAAGUCUGCUGGAACCGGCAACAAUCGAUUCCCCAUCUUGAUUCGAACAACGCGCACCUCGGUCUAUGUGGAGCGUAACUUCAACGCCGUUGAAGAAAGACUGAGCCGUCGUUUCCUUCCCCGGAUGGAUGUUGGUGGUAGAAGAUCUGGUGCUGGCGCCAAACGCGUGAAAGGAAGCGGUGGUUUCAACAACGCGUCAGUCAGCUAUCGAGACGGUGAUAUUGUGGGUGCAUCCGCACCAGAGCUGGGAGCUGAGAACAGAGGCCGGGCGAUGCUUGAGAAGAUGGGCUGGAGCUCAGGCACGGCUCUUGGUGCUCUCAACAACAAAGGCAUUCUGCAGCCAGUCUCGCAUGUUGUUAAGACCACGAAAGCCGGUUUGGGCUAA